AUGGCCAGUUCCUCUGCUAAGAAGGCCUUCAAGAAGCCAGAAAAUUGUGCACUAAGGGCUGUUGAGUAUAGACCAGAAGCUAUGUCUGUUGAGAAGCCAACUAAGUGUGAACAAAAGGAUGUGGAAGAUGUGGAAGAUGUGGCCACUGUUGCUAAGGCUUCUGUGGAUAAAUUGCAUUCGAAGAUGGCCAGUUCCUCUGCUAAGAAGGCCAUCAAGAAGCCAGAAAAUUGUGCACUAAGGGCUGUUGAGUAUAGACCAGAAGCUAUGUCUGUUGAGAAGCCAACUAAGUGUGAACAAAAGGAUGUGGAAGAUGUGGAAGAUGUGGCCACUGUUGCUAAGGCUUCUGUGGAUAAAUUGCAUUCGAAGAUGGCCAGUUCCUCUGCUAAGAAGGCCAUCAAGAAGCCAGAAAAUUGUGCACUAAGGGCUGUUGAGUAUAGACCAGAAGCUAUGUCGGUUGAGAAGCCAACUAAGUGUGAACAAAAGGCUGUUGCAGAUGUGGAAGAUGUGGCCACUGUUGCUAAGGCUUGUGUGGAUAAAUCACUCAGUAUUUGCAAAGAUUGGAUGACUGACAAUUGUGUGCAUGGUGACUUGUGUCAGAAUUUGCAUUCAUGGUUUUAUGGCGAUGGGUUUUCUACACUUGCAAAGCUUCAUGAACACAACAAGGCAAUCACUGGGAUUGCACUGCCGGCUGGUUCAAACAAACUUAUUUCUGGUAGCACUGACGGCACAGUUCGGGCAUGGGACUGCAACACUGGCCGUUGUGUUCACAUGAUCCAUCUUAAUUCUCAAGUUACCUCACUCAUAUCUGAGGGCCCAUGGAUUUUUGCCGGUGUGAAAAAUGCUGUGAAGGCAUGGAAUAUUCAGACGGGUGCAGAUGUUACUCUUGAUGGACCUAAAGGGCAAGUCCUUUCCUUGAAUGUUGGCAAUGAUAUCCUCCUUGCUGGAGCAGAGGAUGGUGUUAUUUAUGCUUGGAGAUGCAGCUUUGAGUCUCCUUUCAAAAUGGUUGCAACACUAAGUGGUCAUAGUAAACCAGUGGUUUGCCUUGCUAUUGGAUGUCACAAGAUGCUUUAUUCUGGAUCCAUGGACCAUACCAUUAAGGUUUGGGACCUUGAUACAUUACAGUGCACAAUGACACUUAACGGCCAUACCGACGUUGUCACAUCACUUAUUUGCUGGGACAAUUUCUUGUUAUCGGCUUCAUCUGAUUGCACAGUCAAUGUUUGGGUGUGCACCGAGGAGGGAACUCUGGAAGUGACAUACACUCACACUCACGAAAUUGCUGUUCUUGGACUCUAUGGGAUGACUGAUGCAGAGGCCAAGCCAAUAUUGUUCUGCUCUCUCAAAGAUAAUUCAGUUCGUAUAUAUGAAUUGCCGACGUUUCUAGAGAGAGGUCGACUAUUUACAAGACAAGAAGUUCAAUCCUUUGAGAUAGGCCCUGGCGGACUCUUCUUCACUGGAGAUGGGACUGGUUUGCUAAAUGUGUGGAAAUGGUUAGAAGAGCCCAAGGUGCCAACCUCCUCAGCUACAACAAAAAAGAUUCUAGAGGAGGAGAGGACUACAAGUUCAUUGGCAUUGCAUCACGUAGAAAAUGUUUGUCAAUUGUCUGAAAAGUAG